AUGGAUUUAGAUGAAGCCAUCACGGUAACAAAAUUAGACGUUCAGUUCGAAGGCGAAGGUUGUUACCUACUAAUCGGUUGGCAAGUCGAUUCGUUUGAACUGUACCUUUUCAAUAAGGAUAAACUUUGGAAGGGUCGAUUUUCGCCUAAUAGACUAGCAGGAUUCAGUAGGAACUUACAGUUGCCUGAAAGCAAAUACUAUGAGUUAGUCAAAACGUGUCUAUCUCAGGCCAGCCAAGACUACUGUUAUGAAUUAAAAAGCGGAUUCUUCUACUGGAAACGAAGACUCAAAGAUUCCUUUGUCAUGGAAGGAUUUCUACCCAUGGAAUUAGUUGAACAGCCGAAGAAAUCGCAACCGAAUUUAAUAGAAGUGUUAGUUGCAUUGAACAGCCAUUUGAAAGGUAAAGUAAAUAGUUUGAAAUAUAAAUUCGAAACUAUCAAAUCCGAUUACCAGAAGUGUCUCAAAGAUACUGAAGAAUUUCUACAUCUUAAAAUUGAUAUGGAAAAGGCGCUUUGUGACAAAUUUGUGAGCUUACUUAAUAUGAAGAAAACUUCUAUCAAUGCUUUACAACUUAACCAACCAUUGCUAGAAGAUAAAGAAGGAUAA